AAAAACCCCCUUCGCCGAUGAGGCGGCAGAGGCACCGGCCGAGCCGGUCCUUGGCAAGAGCCCCCUACCCGCCGCCCCCGGCUGCGCGUCCCCGGGGACCCCUGCCCCGCUGGACCGAGCCCGGGGGGAGUCCCGGAAGAAACCCGCUUCCCGAGCGCUUUGACCCCGCCUGGCUCUGCCUCCGCCCACCUCUGCGCGUCAGAAGGGAUCGGGGGCCCACGACGACCCCUCCGGAGAAGCCUGAGGCCCCUGUCCGGAAAGCCCGGGGCCGAGGCCAGUGGGUGGAGCCGCAGCGUCGUCCCAGCACAGCGAGCCCUUUUCCGGAGCACGGAACCCAGCGGCUCAGGGCUGGACGCCCCGCAGGGACCCGAGGCCCCGCAGAUUGCACUUCCGGUGGUGGCAGCCGGGCGAGCGGGCAGGCCCGCAUAGCCCCCGUGCGUCACUUCCGGUUGCGGCCCGGUGAGCGGGGACGGCGUGGCUGGCGGCGCGCGGUUGUGGCGGUUGGCAUCCGCGCCGCGCCCGCAUCUCCCCCCUGCGCUCAUCCCUUUGCGCCGCUGGGAUAGCGGUGCUGCUCCCUCCGGUGGCGCCGGUCGUUCCCCCGACGCAUACGGUGAGGCCUCAGCACGGCGGGGCUGCAGUAGCGAGGGACGGCCCUCGGCGUAUGUGCCAUUGAAGAGACCCAGCCAUGGAAGGGAAACCCUUGGUGACAUCAAAGCAGAAGACUGCCGAGGUGUGUGGGGUCCCCACCCAGGUGGUCUGCACAGCGUUCAGCAGUCACGUCCUAGUGGUGGUGACCCAGUUCGGGAAGAUGGGUACCCUAGUCGCCUUGGAACCCACCAGUGUGGCCGGUGACAUCAGCAAGCCCAUACUCACCACCAGAGUCCUUCUGGGACAGGAUGAGCCUCUCAUCCAUGUCUUUGCAAAGAACCUGGUGACGUCUGUGUCUCAAGAAGCCGGAAACAAAGCCAUCCUCCUUGCUAUGGCUGUGAAGGACAGAAGCAUGGAGGUGCUGAAGGCCUUGAAGGAGGUGAUCCAGGCGUGCCAGGUGUGGUGACCUUAGAGUUAGCCGUACCUGCUGCUCAGCAGGGCCGUAUGGAGGCUCAGGCACCCCCUUGGUGAUUUGAAGACACCACCUUUGAUCAUUCAGAAAUAGGAACAUUCUAUGGAAACCAGAAGACAUAGGCACAUUUCAGGUAGACAUUUUGGCCACUAAUGUCAUCCGUGGAUGGAAGGAAGACACAUAAUGUGUCUGGGGAAGUUGUGAAUGAUUCUCACUGGGGUCCACAGGAUGGCAUGUAUUCGAGAAUGGCGAGAAAGAGGUGUUAGGCAUGAGCCACGGUUCUCGGUGCAGGGUCAGCUGGAGGGAAUUUUUUGUAUUAGAAAUAAAUGCAUAUCCUUAAAUACUUCACCAUACUUAUUAAAAAUACUGGGAAAUCUCAGUCA